GGAAUAAUGAUGAGGAUAUAGGGUAUAUAAAUAGGCAGCAAGAUAGAACUCCUUCAGUCCUGUCAGCAACCCAUAAAAAUGUUCUCCCUGAUUUGCGCUGUUGCUUUGGUUGCCUCGGCUGUCGCCGAUUCUAGUCCCAGUGACUAUGGCAAGACCAAACGCGUCCACAAUGCCGUGCCCUACACAGCUGGUCUGGGAACUACGGGUGUGCUUGGCGCUGUACAGACACCCUACUCAUACAUGGGCGUCAACCAAGGGUUAGCUGGACUCCAAGGACUCCAAGGAAACAUGUUGAACCAAUAUGCUUACCAGGGUCCUCAAGGUUAUCUGAACCAAGGAUAUUUGACACAAGGCAUGGUGGGUUUGAACCAGGGAGUUCUUGCUGGUGGCAUGAAUUACGGAGAUGACGAUUAUCUCCGACUGCAGUACGCCUCCAUGUACCAGCCUAACCUCAAUCAAUAUGGAUCAUAUGGUCCAUACUCGAACCUCAACCAAUAUGGGUCAUUUGGUCCAUACAUGAAUCUCAACCAAUAUGGGUCAUUUGGUCCAUACAGGAACCUCAACCAAUAUUCAUCUGGUCAAUACAUGAACAGUUAUCGACGACCCAACGUUGGAGGGUACGGCCGGAGAAGGGGUGUGUAUUGAUAGACAAGGGCGAUUAAUCCGCAUUGUUGAACCAUAAUUAUGUAUGUUUGUGUUUUAUGAUUAAAUACUGCAGUUUAAAACUA